AUGGCGGACUCGCUGACUUCUGCCAUGGAGCAGCUGAGACUGACAGCUCAAGAUAUGAACCCAGACUUGGUCCAAUGUCGGCUGGAGACUCCGCUCGCCGAGAAAGACACCGACACGCCAGCCAGCACCAGAUCUCGCAAGCAGGCUGCCAAGAGUGGAAGCGAGCUAUUGGCUGAGUUGGAGGCGGAUUUCCUGACACCGUCCUCGAAAUUUAGCUCCAAUUGGCUCAACCAGUUGCAGAAACGAUGGGACGUACCUGCAGAUACCACAGAGCUCUUCGAGAUUGCCCCCACACAGACGCGAACGGUAACCCGGUUUACACGAGAGGGGCUGGAAGGACGGGUGACGGGCUAUCAUGAAGUGACAAUUCCAGCGACGAGCGAUACUGCCAAGAACUCGACCUCUUUGCUCCGUCGUCCUGCUGGCCGUGCAGAAUUUGUCAGGGGUGCUGCUGGAUUCUUUCCUUUCGCACCUGGUGGCUUGGAUGCAGUCGAGGCACUAGCUGAAAUGGAGGCUGAUGCGAUGACUACUGAGAAAUCCCGCAUUGGUGGAAAAAAGGCCGGACUCGAUCGAAUUAUCAACUUUGGAUCCGAGGGCGGACUCUUGACAAUACCUCCUGGCUUUGAACGUGGCCUCACGUUCGCGGAAGCAAAGUCGAAGGAGGCUGCUGAGGGUGACGAGGAAGUUGAACAUGCUCUUCUUCAGGAGGAAAGCAAUCUUCAAAUUGACAAGAGCGAAACUACACCCGAGGGCGAUGAAACCGCUGAUGGUGUCGCUGAAGAUGAAACCAGUGACGAGGAGGAAGAGGAUAUUGACGCACUCCUACCAGUCGAGUUCCCAGCCCUCGAACCGCGCAACCAACUCCUUGCAGGUAUUCAAAAGCAGAAAGGCAGGGAGUGGGCCCAUGUCGUCGAUGUGAACAAGGAGAUUACCAACUUCAGUGACCUGGUUCCGGAUAUGGCAAGAGAAUGGCCAUUUGAGUUGGAUACCUUCCAGAAAGAGGCUGUUUAUCAUCUGGAGAACGGCGACUCGGUCUUCGUGGCUGCACACACAUCCGCUGGCAAGACAGUCGUGGCUGAAUACGCCAUUGCACUGGCAAAUAAACACAUGACAAAGGCCAUCUACACGUCUCCUAUCAAAGCUCUGAGCAACCAGAAGUAUCGCGACUUCCGAACAACAUUUGAAGAUGUCGGUAUUCUCACGGGCGAUGUUCAGAUCAAUCCCGAGGCGAGCUGUGUGAUCAUGACCACCGAGAUUCUUCGAAGUAUGCUUUACCGAGGCGCCGACCUUAUUCGUGAUGUGGAAUUUGUCAUCUUUGACGAAGUGCAUUAUGUGAAUGAUCUUGAGAGAGGAGUGGUGUGGGAGGAAGUUAUUAUCAUGCUUCCGGAGCACGUCACCCUUAUCCUUCUAUCUGCUACUGUUCCCAACACCUACGAGUUCGCGUCCUGGGUUGGCCGUACGAAAAAGAAGGAUAUCUACGUGAUUUCGACCCCCAAGCGACCUGUGCCGCUAGAACACUAUCUAUGGGCUGGCAAAGAAAAGUUCAAGAUUGUCGACUCCAACAAGCGAUUCAUCGAAGGCGGUUGGAAGAAGGCAAAUGAUGUCUUGUCAGGAAAGGAUGCCAAGGCCAAGAAGGAAGCCGAAGCUCAAGCCCAGGCACAGGCACAACGUGGCGGACCUCAAGGACGAGGACGUGGACGUGGACAGGACGCAGGCAGAGGAGCUCCUCGAGGUGGCGGACCACGUGGUGGUGGAGGAGGAGGAGGAGGUAGAGGGCAGCCAGGUGGACGGGGUCAGCCUUCUCACCGCGGUACUGGUAAUAUUGCUCGUACUGGCCGUGGGGGUGGUCGGCAGUCCGCUGCACAGGAUAAGAAUACUUGGGUCCACCUUGUGUCACAUCUUCGCAAGGAAGAUCUCCUUCCGGGCUGCGUUUUCGUCUUUUCCAAGAAACGAUGUGAGGAAAAUGCGGACUCUCUCACCAACCAAGACUUCUGCAAUGCGACAGAAAAGAGCUUGAUUCACAUGAUGAUCGAGAAGUCUCUCACCCGCCUUAAACCGGAGGACCGAACUCUGCCUCAAAUCCUUCGCCUGCGUGAAUUGCUCAGCAGAGGUGUUGCCGUGCACCACGGCGGUCUCCUGCCAAUCAUGAAGGAGAUUGUCGAAAUUCUCUUUGCAAGGUCCCUAGUCAAGGUUCUCUUCGCUACCGAGACAUUCGCCAUGGGUCUCAAUCUGCCAACCCGAACAGUAGUUUUCUCUGGAUUCCGCAAGCAUGACGGCAAAAGCUUCCGAGACCUGCUACCUGGAGAGUACACACAGAUGGCUGGACGUGCAGGACGUAGAGGUCUUGACACCGUGGGCUAUGUGCUCAUCACAAAUAGUGGCAAAGAAGAGGCUCCACCCGCUGGUGCUUUGAAGAAGAUGAUUCUCGGCGAUCCAACCAAGCUCCGAUCCCAAUUCCGACUAACCUACAAUAUGAUUCUCAACCUCCUUCGAGUGGAGGCUCUCAAGAUCGAAGAGAUGAUCAAACGGAGUUUCAGCGAAAACGCCACUCAAGCCCUGCUACCAGAGCACGAAAAACAAGUCCAGCUUUCCGAGGCCAGCUUGGAGAAAAUCAAACGGCCGCCUUGUGAGAUCUGUGACGUGGAUCUGGCUGCCUGCCAUGAUGCUGCCAUGGAGUACGAGAGACUCACCGCGGAGUUACAUAGUGGCCUGCCCACAACUCCUGCUGGUAAACGACUCUUCGAGGUCAAGAAGCUUGUUGUGUAUCGAAAGGAUGGAUUACGCACCGCUGGAGUCAUCACCAAAGAGGGUGUCACCACUGGCACCGUGCCUUGCAUCACCGUACUUGAAAUUGGCACCGUCCACAGCCGCCGUCAUCCAAGUGAUAUUCUCCCAUUCCUCCCAAAAUUCCGUCCUUACUUCCAAGAAUUGCCCUCCAACGGCGCAUCUAUGCAUCUCAAGAUUUGCAAGAUCCCAGUAGCAGACGUGGAAUGCAUCACGACCACCAGGUGCAAGGCUGGUGGACCAAUCUGGUACUUGAAUAUUAAGAAAGAAGCGGUAAAGUUUGCUGAGAAAGAGCUAACCAAGUUCACUUCAUCGUGGCUUAGUGAUCGUUGGGACGAGAUCGAUUGGGUCCGUAUCAAGGAGUUGCAGUCGCGGGAUAUCAUUGAUCAGCGGAAGGCUCAGGCACAAUUCAUCCAGUCAUGCCACUGCUUGCGAUGCCCUAAGUUCAUGGACCACUUCGAGAUGCAACAUGAUGAAUGGCAAGUGAAGGAGAACAUCUCGCAAUUGAAGCAGUUGAUGUCGGAUCAAAACCUCCAACUGCUUCCAGACUAUGAACAGCGUAUUCAAGUCUUGCGAGAUCUCGGGUUCGUGGACGAACAGUCCCGUGUGCAACUGAAGGGCAAGGUGGCCUGUGAAAUCCAUUCUGCUGACGAACUGGUCUUGACCGAGCUGGUUCUGGAGAACGUUCUUGCCGAAUACGAGCCAGAAGAAAUUGUCGCUCUUCUCUCGGCCUUUGUGUUCCAGGAGAAGACCGACAGUACUCCGACCCUUACUCCGCGAUUGCAAAAGGGGCAGGAAGCCAUUAUCCGUAUUUCGGAGAAGGUGAACAACUACCAGGUCUUGCAUCAAGUCAUCCAGUCCAGUGAAGACUCCAAUGACUUUGCCAGCGAGCCUCGGUUCGGUCUUGCUGAGGUGGUCUACGAGUGGGCCAAGGGGAUGUCAUUCAACCGCAUCACUGAUCUCACCGAUGUGAUGGAGGGCACGAUUGUUCGCACGAUUACUCGGCUGGAUGAGACUUGUCGCGAGGUCAAAAACGCGGCCAAACUGGUUGGCGAUCCAUCGCUGUACACCAAGAUGCAGCAAGCGCAGGAGCUGAUCAAGCGCGAUGUCAUUUUCGCGGCGUCCCUGUACAUGUAG